ACAAGCAUGUGACGAAUAGAAUUUGAUUUGAUAUUUUCAAUAGGGAAAGAGUGCUUCCGUACUCCGCUCGUUCUCGCUUGCGUAGAUUGAGUUGGAAACGUGACUUUGCCGCGUCUCAAGGCGCGCGCAUCAGGUAGCCUUGACCAUAUAAACCAUCCGGAUUUGGGAACAAUAAAACGCACAACAAGAACACAGUGAAAACCGGUGAAGCAAGCCUGCUGCAGAAUGGCCAACACACUGAGACCCUGGUUGAUCCUUGUCGUCCUCGUCCUGGGCGUGCUGGUUUGUCUGGGCACUUUCACGGAUGCCUACUUUACCAAGCCGGUGAGCCCCGACGACAACGCGCCUCCGGAGGAAUGGGCCAGAUACAACACAGCACUGCGACACUACAUCAACCUCAUCAAUAGACAGAGGUAUGGAAAGAGGUCUGCACCUGAGUCAGCUCUGGGGUGGUUGCUGUUCAGAGAUGAGUCGGAAGGCAAUUUAACACAACGGUGAGAGGAUGAAGAGACUGAGGGAAAGGUUCGGGUGGCAGUGAUCUCGGAUAAAUCUGGGUCCCGUCCCACUGGCAUGCUGUUCCACUCAAAUGGUGGGCCUUACAACAACUCAAAUAGGCUGCUCAACUGGCAACCUUCACUGGACUGUGUGGCCCACUAUUUAUUUUCAACAUCUCUGUCUCUCUUUCUCACUCUCUCAUUCCAACACAUAAUUGUCUAUUUUUGGUUGUUGACAUAAUUUGUAAUUAAAUUCAACAAUGAAUAAUAAAUAAAUGUGUUAUAAUA